GCCUGCAGAGGGGAUCUUUUUGUGGAAUUUACAGACUGUUUCAUGUGUCAAUAUGAGAGGAGCGUAAUUACCAGCUGAGAAACUGCAGGAAAUAAGCCAAGACUGAAUGAGCGAAAUGGAAAAUAAAGAGAAGCGCAGAGGACACACACAUUUUAAAACAAUUACGGAGGUAUGUAUUCACAUGCUUGUGGGAGCCUGGGAAUACAUAAGAGAUCGUGACUGCAAAGGAAUGAAUUCACAGACCAGUCUAUGGGGAGUAUUUUUUCCCUGUGACUUCAAACUUCUCUCGGAGCUCACAGAGUUUUAGUCAGCUGGCAUGCAAUAGAGGUACGACUUCCCUAAGGAAACUCUUCCUCGACUUGCCCUGGAAAAGCUGCUGGGAGAGUCCGUGAGACAGAAGGCUGCAAGCAGAGGUGAAUCCUGCUCCUCCUUCUCCUCCAGCCACAGAGCAGAACCAUGAAACUGAACAUCAUCUUCUUGCUGGCAGUGGUGAACACAGGGACCUCUAACUAUCAUCCCAUAGAGGGGACAUCCUGUGAAAUGGCAAACUCACAGGCAUUUUGCCACAACAAAGACCUCCACCAAAUCCCUCACGAACUCCAUCUGAAUGUAAACAAAAUAGAUCUGUCUGGAAAUCUGAUUCAGAGCGUCCCUGAAACGCCAUUAUCAUUUUACACUUCCCUCCAGUAUCUGGAUUUAAGCUUCAACCAGAUAAGCUCCAUCACGUCUGGAGUGUUUGCACACUUGACGAGUUUGCUGGAAAUAAAUUUAGCCAAUAAUCAUUUACAUGGGCUGGCUCAGAAUGGGACAGAGGGGAUUGGUCUUUUGCCCAAGGUGGAAAUAAUGGACUUAUCCCACAACAAUCUCUACAAUGGGAUGGCUGAGUAUUUCAUUAAUCAAGCUCCAAGACUGCGGUAUCUUUCCUUGGCAGACAACAGUAUUGUAAUGAUAUCACACAAGAUGUUUCAGGGAUGUCCCAGCCUUGUGGAGUUAGAUCUUCAGAGAAAUAUCAUCAUGGAAAUAGAAGAAGGUGCUUUUGAGACUCUAGCAAACCUUUCUAAACUCAAUCUCUCCACAAAUUCAAUUACGUGCAUCUCUGAUUUCAACCUCAGGCAGUUGGAGAUACUUGACCUUAGCAGGAAUAGCAUUGAGACCUUCAGCAUCACAAAGUCAAAUGAUGAAUAUAGCUUAAGAUCUCUGGAUCUUAGUGAAAACAAAUUGCUUCACUUCCCAGUCUUCCCUUGGGUAAAUAAGCUGGUAACUCUGAAUUUAUCAAAUAAUUUAAUCCAGCUCACUGCUGAAUCCCCUUAUAAUAAAAUGGACUACAUGGAUAAUGAAUGGCUAGAUGCUUCUUUUCAUCUUCUUGAUCAGAAGCGAAGUAAAAAUAUGAGCUCUCUUUAUUUAUCCCAGCUUGUAUAUUUAGACUUAAGUUAUAAUGAAAUCAAAUCCAUUCCAGAUGGGUUCUUUGAGGCAAUGUUGUCCCUUCACACCCUUAAUCUCAGCAAAAACUGUCUUCAGGCAUUUGCAGUAAGUUAUGACAGUGCAUUGAUCUCCCUAACUGUGCUUGACUUGAGCUACAAUGCUUUGCAGAACCUUCUCCUCGAUGCUGGUGCUUUGCCAAAUUUGAGGGAGUUUCAUAUUCAAAACAACAACCUACAGACCCUGCAAUUUGACAUCUUUUCCAGUCUUCCUAGCCUCAGAUUUCUUAACCUACAGAGCAAUAAUAUCAGCCUUUGCCACAUGUACUCAGGAUUAGCUAAGCAAAGACUUUCUGGGGAGGAAUGUGGUUGUGUGUCAUUUGUCAAUUCUCCUGCUCUCCAGUACUUGUACCUAGCAGACAACAUGCUGAACGUCCUACCAGCACACACCUUCUACAAGACUCCACUGCUUGUCUUGGACCUCUCCAUGAACCCUGGACUGAAAAUAGAACUUAAAGCACUAGCAGGACUGGAAAAGUCUCUGGAAUACUUGCAUUUACAUGGCAAUAGCCUGAUAGAUUUAAAUAUUGACUUGCCUUGUUUCAGUCACCUUAAACAUUUAAACCUCUCCGAAAAUCAGCUGAACUGGCUGCCUAAGUGGGGUAGUGGCUCUCCACUGGAAGUUCUAGACCUAAGGAACAAUAGGUUCAGUACAUUACAGGACAGCAAUAUUUUAGCAUUAGAAAAUUCACUUAAAAACUUGUAUCUCUCUGGGAACCCACUCAACUGCUGUGGAAACACCUGGCUUUCAUCAAUGAUCCAAAACAAAAAUGUCCAGAUCCCCAACGUGGAGCACUUAACGUGCCAGUACAUUCAGAGCUUCGGGUAUGGGGAAGAAAUGUACAUUGGAAACAUUAGACCAGAAGACUGUGAAAAAGAGGAUCUGAAGAAAAUCAACAUCCUCAUUAUAUUAACAUUUGUACUAGUUUUAUCUGUGAUCAUCAUUGGUGUGGGUUCAUUUUUUUGCUUCCGAAGGAAAAACUUUAGCCAUCAGUUUAAAGCAUAGGAACACAAAAUGCCUUGAAAACUGAAGAAAUCAGAUGCUAUCCUGGCACUGUGUAGAAAUGAAGGAUAAAAUUCUCAUCUUUGAGUUUUAACUGUGGAUUUUAAGAUGGUUUUGAAGUGCCCCUGAACUGUCCCACUAUAGUGGUCUGGGUUGCAGGGACUGGAAAAGGAAGGGGAAUUUGCUCUGUUUUGCACUUGCUUCAUUCACAUGCAGAUCUGCUCAAAAGAUUACACGGUGUUAGAAGGCCACUGUAAAGUUCUGCUGGUUUUUUUUGAGGGAUGUGUAAUUUAAACCAGCUCAAAAGAAAAAGGCCUCUAAGGUCUUGAGACCUGAGACUUUUCAUUAAGCUCAGAUGAUGCCUUCAGCCAAUUAGGAAAUUCUUUCUCAAAGCUAUGUGCCCCCACAAGAUGUUUCGAUUUGGUCUGAGCUUUGCUU